CCCAAUCUUAGAUUCCUCCUUUAAAUAAUAAACAAUUGCAAUAUAUUACUUUUGAUCAGAUAUUAUCAAAAAUAGGCAUAGGAAUAUAUCAGUAUUUAUUUUAUAUAAUCAUGGCUACUUUAGGAUUGACAGAAGGUGCAUAAGUAUCUGUAUUUACAAUAAUGAUACCUAUAUUAAAAAAUGAAUGGGAAGUAAAAGAGGAAGUUAAUACCAUCUAAGUAUGCUUAGUUUUUAUAGGUUUUUUAUUAGGAUCAGUUAUAAGUGGUUAAUUUGCAGAUAGAUACGGAAGAAAAAAGCCAUUUAUAGUAAGUAGUUUUUGUACCGCGAUUUUUACUAUUCUACAAGCUUUUACAACCAACAUAGUUUAAUUAAUAAUUCUUAGGUUUCUUUCUGCAUUAUUAGUUGGCUUUUUUGGACCUUUAGGAGUAACUCUAUUAGCAGAAAUAACUCCUUUAGAAGUAAGAGGUAGAUUUAUGAGUCUAGUGACUGUAAGUUUCGCUAUAGGCCAAUUAUAUGGCUAAUUCGUCAGUUAUUUUACACUAGAAAACCUUUCUCAUGGAAACUGGAGACUUUUGAUAAUAUUUACUGGUUUACCUGGAUUAGUAGCCUGGUUAUUGGGUGUAUUUUUCCUCGACGAAAGUGGCCGAUAUGCUUUAAUGGAUGGUAAAUAUGAAUAAGCCUUUACUAUAAUAAACAAAAUAAAUAGGAUAAACGGUAACCGAAUGGGAGAAUUAACCGAAGAAUAAAAAUAAUAACUAAAAGAGUCAUCAAUUUUAAUGAAUAAACAACUCCAUUAGGUAAAAGGGAGUAUACUUUCUUUAUUUUAAAAUGAUGGGAAAAUAUUAACCCCUUUAAUAUGGUUUAAUUGGUUCACAUUGUCUUUUAUGUACUAUGGAGUAUUAACUAUGAUGCCUAAAAUGAUGGAAGAAAUUGAAAAAAUGCAUCCUGAUUAAGAAGAUAAAAAUUAUUUCAGUGAUAUCGUGAAACUAGCCUUUAGCACUUUAUCUGAAAUUAUAUCAGCUUGUAUCGCCUCUUAUUUAAUAGAAAUUAAAGGAUUAGGUAGGAAAAAUUCUAUGAUAAUCUGUUAUACUUUAUAGGGAAUUUCAUCUAUUAUAGUCUAUAUUGAUGCCGGUAGUCAUUUCGUAUUCUGGGCAUCUGGAUGUAAAUUUUUCCUUAGUAUGUCCUUUAUAUUUGCAUAUUAAUUUACUGCAGAAAUAUAUUCGACUAAAAUUAGAACUACAGGAGUUGGAAUGGCUAAUGGAAUAGGAAGAUCAGGGGGUGGGAUUAUGCCUUGGAUUUGUAUGGCAUUGUAAAAAACAGACAUUUUUUUGCCUUUUUUACUUUUUACCUGUUUGAGCUUUUUAACUGCGCUAGUUGAUUUUAUUAUUCCUUAUGAUACUUUAGGUAGGGAGUUAGAUACAGCUGAAUAGGAAAAUUAAGAAGAAGAAAAAACUUAUUAAUGAAUAAUUUAUAAUAUAACAUAAUUUUUUU